UGGCACAAGCCCCGCCCUCCCAGUGAGGGCGCCUGUAGCAAGAUGGCGGUGAACCAGAGCCACACCGAGAACCGCAGGGGGGUCGCCAUCCCUUAUGGUGAAAGUGUCCUGAACCAGUAUCCGGAUGUGGAGCUGUCCUUCCCACGGCACCCGGAGGGCUACAACCUCUUCGGCGGUACAAAGAGGGGAACGUUAUUUCUCACUUCAUACAGGGUGAUUUUCGUGACGGCGCGCUCGGUCAGUGACCCCAUGGUGUCUUUCACGAUGCCUUUUGACCUGAUGAGGAACUGCACUGUCGAACAACCAAUCUUCGGGGCAAAUUACAUCACGGGGACCAUUCAGGCCGCCCCGGACGGUGGCUGGGAAGGAGAGGCGACUUUUAAAUUAGUCUUCAGGAAAGGAGGUGCCAUCCACUUUGCCCAGCUGAUGAUGGAAGCCUCCUCUGCUGCUGCCCAGGGAGCUCCACUUGGAACGGAUUACUGGUUCAGGCCUCUAAGAAUUUAUGUGGUCACCGGGGAGGCAGGCGUGUGCCCUCCAGAGGCUCCUUGUCAAGCUGUCGCCUAUGGAGUCCCACCUCCAGGAUACGGAGCACUCCCUGCGGGAUAUGGAGCCCCACCUGCUGGAUAUGUAGCGUCACCUGCGGGCUAUGGAGCCCCGCCUCCUGGCUAUGGAGCCCCGCCUCCUGGCUAUGGAGCCCCACCUCCUGGCUAUGGAGCCCCGCCUCCCGGAUACGGAGCCCCGCCUCCCGGAUAUGGAGCCCCGCCUCCCAGAUACGGAGCCCCGCCUCCUGGAUACGGAGUUCCACCUGGAGGAUACGGAGCUCCUCCUCCCAGAUAUGAAACUCCGCCUCCAAGAUACGGAGCUCAACCUGGAGGCUCUAACUCCCCACCUCCCAGAUACGAGACCCCGCCUACUGGAUUUAGACCGGAAGCCCGACCUUCUGGGUCCAGAACCCAGUCGGAGGUUAGAGUCAUCAAUGGACCCUAGAUGGAAUGAUUAAGCAGCCAGAUGCUCCUAGGCUGCCAUGAACAGCUUUCUCAAGGAAGUCAGGUUUCCCCAGACCCAGAGUCUCAAAAUACACAUGGAUGUAAGAAAACUCCUGUUGUCAAGAAGAAGAAUACUUGAACACAGCUUACAGACCAGCCAGAGCAAGGGAUCUGACCUCUCCAUGUACGACAGCUCAGGGAUAGAUGGAGACUGAUUUCUGGGUUCUCAUUGGCAAGCAGGUCUCCUUGCUGAAUGUGUCCUGAGGAGGAAAGAGAAGAUAAUGUAACUGGAAGAGGCUUGGGUCACUGUUUUUACACCUCAAUUAAAGUCUGCUGUCCCAUUCA